AUGAGUAGUACAGACACCGAUGAUGUUUUGGACUUCAUAAACUCUCUCCCUGAUUCUAAGACCAAUACGCCUGCACCUAUAAACAAAAAUACUGAAUCUAAUGAUGAAUUCUUGGAAUUUUUGGACGAACUUAGUGCGCACGAGAAAACAACUAAGCCGUUAGGAAAUUCCAAAGGUAAAUUUGAACCAAAGAGAACCGAAAGCGCCUUGCCCCAGAGGGGAGACGAAAAAUCCAAUCUUAAUGGUCAAAAUAAGAAGUCUGUUGCUGCUUCGCUGCAAGAAACUUCCAAUGAAAGCGAAUACCGAAAUAGCAAUACAGAUCAUUCCAAAUUGUCGGCUUCCAUGGAAGACGAAGCAGUAGACCCAAUAACAUCUAUCUCUUCAUGGUGGAACACGGAAGGGUCUAACAAAGUCUCAUCUCUUUGGGGAUCACUAACCUCAAACGCUCAUCAAUUGAGUGAAACUACGUUACAAAUAGCGUCUAAUACUUCACAUCAGUUGUCCAAUCAAAGACAUAAAUUUCUCACUGAAAAUAGCAGUGUCGCUGAUACCGAACAGAUUUUGCACAUUACAGGCAAGUUGAAUUCAAUUUUGUCUACAAUGUCACAGCAAAUUAGGGAUGGAUUAAUUGAUAAAGAAGACGAGCUCAUGAAUAUUCUUCUCGUCUAUGACUUAAACAAUGUCAACUAUUUGGACAGCCUUUGUGCCACAAAAUUCAAUAAAGUCAUGAGCCAGGUCGAAGGUGGCAUUAAGACCACAGUUAGCAAUUUCAAUCAUAAAAAUGAACACAAUAAAAGCUCUGAGUACUAUGAAUUGAGCAUGUUUAGCGGAAAAGCUAUUGACGGGGAGAAAUUGUGUUUUGCCAAUCUUGAAAGCUCAAUUAAGCACUACCUACAGAUCGUCGAUCUAGAAAAGCUGCAUAUUCCCACCGAGGAGUCUACUGACCAUGAGAUCAAUAAGUCCAAUGUAUUUAUCUCCAUACAGCCCAUCACAUCAGGCAACGUUGACCAGCAGUCCAAUGAAGAAGAUAAUAUGGGCCCCGCCUAUAUUGAAGGUAACAACAGCAACUCGUUUACUUUCACAAUGAUAUUGAAGGAUAUCACGAAUAAUAUUACCAUUGUGAGCAAGUCUCAGCCAUUUCCUUUGAGAUGGGCACGAUGGGUUUCAGGCAGGCAUGAUGAUGUGGAUUCUGUUUUUCAUUUGGGGGAUGACGGUGAGUCUGUUGAUCCAAGUGAUUGGGUAAAGGAUUGGAUCCAAGAUGGGUUGGGGUUGACAUUUGCCGUCUUAGCACAGGAGUAUGUCACAAGAAGGAUGGGAAUUUAA